UGGGUGGGACAAAGUUCUUCUCCCUUUUGGGCAUUGGUAAAUUUUUUGGGUCCCCAUUCAUUUUCCUUUCACGUUCUCAAAUCUUUCGGGGGACGGAAAGAUGAAUAAAUCAGGGAAGCUUCGGAAGCCUUUCUCUGCCAUUCUCCGCCGAGCGCUUCGUACGACGUGUCAUUUUGAGGUUUCAAAUUACAUUUACACUUCAACCCCACAGAGUCGCUUUCUCAAUUCAUCUUCUUUCUCUCCUCCGUCCGAAUGGCGUUGUCCUGUUCCAAACCUUUCAUUUUGGUCCAAAACUUUCUGCUCGGAAUCCGCCGAGAGAGCUCACAACGGCACGUGCUGGAACUGCGAUGCGGUGCCUAAAACGGCGCCGUUUCUGUUUUGUGAGUCCUGUCGGAGUGUCCAGCCUGUUGAUUGCUCCGUGGAUUAUUUUCAAAUAUUUGGAUUAGCGAAAAGGUAUGAAAUUGAGGAUAGGAAUCUGGAGGGAAAGUACAAAGACUGGCAGAAAAAGUUACAUCCUGAUCUAGUUCAUUCAAAAUCUGAGAGGGAGAGAGAGUAUGCUGCUGAACAGUCUGCUCGGGUAAUUGAAGCCUACCACACACUUAGGAAUGCAUUGUCUCGGGCAAUAUACAUUAUGAGGCUUGAAGGUGUAGAUGUUAAUGAAGAAGAGACACUUUCAGACCCACAGUUGCUUACUGAGAUUAUGGAGAUCAGGGAAGCUGUAGAAGAUGCAACUGAUUCUCAGGCUUUAAAUCAAAUGAAGUCUAUGAUGCAAGAGAAGUUGAUGCAUUGGUCUAAGUCCUUUGCUAGUGCAUUUCAAAAUCAGAAAUUUGACGAAGCUUUAACAUGUAUCCAAAGAAUGACCUACUAUGAUCGUGUAAAUGAAGAAAUCGAAAAGAAGCUUUGAUGCAGUUACAAGUCAAUGCACCUCUCAGCAGAUAAUCAACUAACAGCAGAGUUUCCACACCUCAACAACCAAUAAAGAGUGAAUCUCAAUCAACCUUAGAGAGGACUGUUGAGGAAAAUCUGGUGCUGAUCAAUUGCUCAGGUUGUAAUUGCAAUUCGAGGUUGUCAGUUAAGCAAGAUGUGAGAGGUUGUAGAUGGAUAUUGGUUUCUAUCAUCGUCUUUAGUUGAGAGACAUGGAAAACAAGAUGUACUUAGGAAUUGAGGGCAGCUCUAACUUUAUGCGACAGUCCCAAAUUUCUCCAAGAUCUUGAGGGGCCAUAGAAUUUAGGGCUCAUCUUUUCAUUAGUCUUUUUUUUUUCUAAAUUUCUGAAUUUGGAAGGCAGUAAGUUUAGAAAAACUAUAUUACCAGAAGCAAAUUGGACUUCCCUUCUUUUCAAA